GCCCACACCAGCACCCGAACCGCAACAAAAUCUCAUGCAACUACAUUAAUCCUUCGCUUCCGUAGGCUCGGAAAACCAAGGCUUAGGAUACCAUUCCUUGAAGACUGGAAGGAGAACCGCACAAGUCUUCGGUAUUCAGUACUAAUUAUGCCAGGUACAUGUCUUCGAAUCGGCAUUCAUCGGCAGGUUUCUUGGUUUUCAUUACCCUGUCGGGGCGGAAUACAGCUGGACAUCUAUCUAUCAUAAGUUUCGAACAACGAGCAUACAGCUAUAAGGUUCAAGACGGCUUUGCGCAGUAACCCCAAAUCGCAAGAAUUCUGUGCGUAAGAUACAAGCCGCUUGGUGCCGAAGUGCCAAGACUAUGAAUCCGAGUUGCCGGGUAAAGCAACUGAGUACAUAUAACAUCCUGUGUUGCUGGCCAUCUGACUGUUGCCUACCGCCUGCUCCUCUCUUUCUCGUUGACAUCAGGCUCCUGCUGCAUGAGGCCGUGUGCAGUUUGAUCUCUGAUUCUCCGUAGUACUUAUUAUAACGGCUUCAGCUCACACCCACCUUACUCUCCUUUCUUGGCUACGAUGGGUCUCUUACCCAAUACGCUCCUUGCUUUAGCCCUGUUCUUGCUCGCCGGACACUCUGCGGCUCAGAGAAAUCUUGGAACCAUUAACAUCAGCUUUCCUGAACAUCCUCCGCAGAGUGCACUGUCGAAUCCGGUGAACGACAACUUCUUGGGUAUUUCGUGGGAGCUCAGCUCGUUCGAUACACUAUGGGGAUUCACAGCGGACAAACUCCCAGAUGCAAUGCAAAACUACCUGCACAACAUUCGUGCACGUAUCUCCAACCCUCUUCGCAUGCGUAUAGGGGGUAACGGAAUGGAUAUCUCGACUUAUGACCCAGACAAGACGGACGUCAUGCUCCAGCUUACGGACCCUGACGCUUACUUCAACGAUAUUCCAUGCACAUUCGGUCCCGUAUUCUUUGACGUUCUGAACGCCAUGUCAGACAAGGUUGGCGAUAUGUCAUACAUCCUAGGACUUCCUAUGCGGCAACCGGAGUUCUAUGACAAUGCGGUACUUCUUGCAAAAGCCGCACAGGAGAAAUUAGGUGACAAAUUGGACGCUCUACUAAUCGGAAAUGAGCCCGAUUUGUAUCAGAAGCACGGUCACAAGGACCAAUAUGGAAUCAGUGACUAUGUUCCAGACAUAGGAGGAUUCCUUGAAUUGAUGGAAGAUGACGACGCGUUUAACGCGAACAAAACCAACGUUGGUGGUCCCACCGUCUGUUGCAACUGGAACUUGGACGACGUCAUUUCCGCAGGGUUGGACAAAUACCCAUACAAAUACUAUACUUAUCAACACUAUCCUACGCAUUUUUGCGCAGGACCUAAUGCCGAAAACACAAACAUGACCUACUUUGUGACUCAUCCUAACGUCAGACCAUAUGUUCAUUGGGAAGAUGGUAACUGGAAGGGCAUAUUGGAAGCCAAACAAGCUGGGGUUCCAGUACUCAUGACAGAGUACAACUCAGUAUCUUGCGGUGGUUCCAAUAUUUCCGAUACGUUUGCUAUGCCUCUGUGGGCAACAGAUGUCGCAUUGUCAGCGGCUGGUUCAAACAUUUCCGGAAUAUUCCUCCACACGCGGGAAUUCGAUAUCACCUAUAACCUCUUCGACCCACCUAGUGCUCAUGACCCCAACCAGACGGGUUGGCGGACUGGUCCUAUUUAUUACACCACUCUCGUCGUCGCAGAGACGCUUUCUGCCACCGGUAGCGUCGUCGUUGACCUCGAACUCAAUUCGACUCACGCUGUUGGUUAUGGCGUCUACGACGACAAUGGAGAUACACGGGGCAAACUGGUCUUCAUCAACUACGCUUCAAAGGAGACACUUCCUAGCUCACUGUCUGAUCGGAACACAUCCUAUACAUUCCACAUUCCCGAAAACGUCACUGAUUCGAUUGGCGUCCGAUACCUGGUUGCCCCUGGUCUUUAUUCUGGGUCGAGGUCGUGGGGUACGGAAGAUGAGACGAUCACUUGGGCUGGACAGACUGUCGGAGAAGUUGGCGACUUGGGUGGCAAACAAGAGACCUCGUUCAUCAAGUGCAGCCAGGGAUGUGAUGUUGAUGUUCCAGGUCCCGGGUUAGCUUUGGUUUAUUUAUUGUCGGAUACGUCGGACACGUUCUUCCAUGGGAACUCGACUGUAGCGUUGCCCCUCGGCAAUGAGGGCGACGACUCUGGUGCGAGGUCGUUUGGACUAGGCAUGAGUGGAGUGCUGGUUUGGGCUGGUUCUGUUGUUUUGUCGAUUGCUCUUGGUUGGGUUUGAUUGCUCGGGCUCGUAGCUUUCGAUUUGCAUUCGUUUUGUUUAUUUGGGAGGUACUUUAGUAGCACGGUAAUAGCGAUUCAUAAUAGAGAUGUCCUUCGCCGGCUUGUUCAUUUGUUGAU